GGAGAGUUCAGCCGCAUACAUUAGGUAACACCAUCGGUCGGCCGCUGCUGUGACAUAACUGGUAUGGAGGUUUGCAGGUUGAGCUGAGACAUUCGUCAAUAAAGCAGAGAUGAGAAGAAGAAGAAAAACAGCUCCUGCAACAAACUUUGUUAUGCAAAACAGACCUGGGUGUUAGAAACCGGUGCUCCGCUGCGUGCAGGCGACAUGCAAAGCCACUCUGACACACAUCCAUCCGAAAGAAAACAGAUUUACUGCUAAAACACAGUUUGCAUCAAGUGGCAUUCGAAACUACUGAGCUGCAAGAUUUUUUUUUUUUUAUUAUUAUUAUUCUUAUUUGAAGGACUAUAUAUGCGGACAACAUCUCUAAAUCGCUGAUUUUGCAUCAUGUUUGACUACAUGGAAUUUCAAGUUUUUGCUCCGGGGGAAAUCACGGACUUCUACACCACUUCCAGCCCUGCAUGCAUGCUGCAGGAGGAGCACGACCAGGACCUGGCGGAUUUCUUCCCCGAGCUGGUCGAGUCGGACUGGCAGGAGCACCGCUGCUCUCAGUCUGUGGGAAGCCAAAGCUCCAGCUCCAGUUUGGACGACCUGUUCGCCAGCCCCCCAUCCCCACCUCCGCCGCCACGCACUUACAAGCCCUGCUUUGUGUGUCAAGACAAGUCCUCAGGCUACCACUAUGGAGUCAGCGCCUGCGAAGGCUGCAAGGGCUUCUUCCGCCGCAGCGUGCAGAAAAACAUGGUGUACACCUGCCACCGCGACAGAAACUGCAUCAUCAACAAGAUCACCAGGAACCGCUGUCAGUACUGUCGGCUGCAGAGGUGCUUCGCCGUGGGAAUGUCCAAAGAGUCGGUGAGGAACGACAGAAACAGGAGGAAGGGGAAGAAGGAAGCGGUGCAGAUGACCAUCAUGGAGACGUACGAGCUGACGGCGGAGCUCGGCCUGAUCGUGGAGAAGAUCUGCAGGGCUCACAGAGAGACCUUCCCCUCGCUCUGCCAGCUGGGAAAAUACACCACAAACUCCAGCUCGGACAGUCGGAUCCAGCUGGACCUCGGCCUGUGGGACAAGUUCAGCGACCUCGCCACCAAGUGCAUCAUCAAAGUGGUGGAGUUUGCCAAGCGAGUGCCGGGCUUCACCGGCCUGACCAUCGCUGACCAGAUCACUCUGCUCAAAGCUGCCUGCCUCGACAUCCUGAUAUUGAGGAUUUGCACUCGCUACACUCCCGACCAGGACACCAUGACCUUCUCCGACGGCUUGACCCUGACCCGCACCCAGAUCCACAACGCGGGAUUCGGCUCGCUGACCGACCACGUCUUCACUUUUGCCGGGCAGCUGCUGCCUCUGGAGAUGGACGACACGGAGAGCGGGCUCCUCAGCGCCAUCUGUCUCGUCUCUGGAGACCGGCAGGACCUGGAAGAGCCGUCUAAGGUGGAGGUGCUGCAGGAGCCACUGCUGGAGGCGCUGAAGAUCUACUCCCGGAAGAGGCGGCCCAGCAUGCCCCUCAUGUUCCCCAAGGCCCUCAUGAAGAUCACUGACCUGCGCAGCAUCAGUGCUAAAGGAGCUGAGCGAGUGGUGACUCUAAAGAUGGAGAUCCCGGGCUCUAUGCCUCCACUCAUCGAGGAGAUGCUGGAGGACCUACAGAACCUGGAGAAACAUCGUCAGUCAUUCGCGCCGUCCACUCACAGCUCCUCCGAUUUAUCUCUCUGAAACAAAGAACUGUACCUCCCUCAGAGAGAAAACCCCUAAUGAUUCAAACUACAGAUGCAGUUCAGAGGCUUACUAAUGUCUUAUACCUCAGCGAUCUUCCACGUAUCUGCAGACACCAUUUGAAGAAGAGAUUCAGUCGUCACAUUAACAACUUUCCAGAUGAAAGAAGAGCUUGUUUCUGUGAGCUCAAAUCAAAGAGGAAAGAUGCAGUAAUUAAUGUCUCCACGCUUUCUUUACUGUAUUUAUAUUUGCAUGAGAUAUCACAUGGAUUAAUUCUUACCUCAUUAAGUAACGCCUUUAGCUUUAGUUAUAGGAGGAUAGUGAACAUAUGAAAUGAUUUUUUUAAAAACUUUUUACAUAAUAAUUUGUCAAAAAAUCUACUGUGUGUGUCUGAUAUGUUAAUUUGUGGUAAAGGGAAAUCAUGAGGAUGACAGUUCAUAACCGGCUUAACUAGUUAAAACUAAUGUAAACGAGCUGAUAUUUACAAAAUGGGGACUUUAAGUAACAAAUAUGUACAUAAAACACGGUGUUGCUGGAAAUUUACUUGACUGUUUUAUAAAGGAAAUAUUAUUUUGUUGGUGAACUAAUGCUAACCUACAACUUCCAGAUUAAGUAAUUCCUCCUUUUUUUAUCUGUUUGAAAAAGGAUUGUAUAAACACACUCUGCCCACUAACGUUAUAUAUAAAAAAAUCACUAUUCAUGACCAAAAGCCUUUAUCAUUUUAGCUCAAAAUGCUAACAUCAAAAUAUUUGACAUUCGCGCAGUACGUCACCGGAAGUCGCCAAUGCUAGCAGCUUGCAGAUUAGCAUACAUAUAUAUGCAGAUUAGCAAGAUAACGACAGGGCUGCGUAUGAGUUAAUGUGUUUAUGUUAGAUGUAUUCGUAAUUAUACAACAUGUACGAGGAAAAUAUCGUUUUUUUUUCUUCAAGGUUGCCGUUUCUUGAUAUUACGGUUCGGUCGUUAGCUUGCUAAUCCUGCGGAUGCUACAUGCUAGCGGUUGCCUAGCAGCAGGACCACUUCCGGCUAUCGUACUACGUGCUAUUGCAUUUUGUCUUCGGCAUUUUGUGUACACGACUUCCUGUAUUGAAAGGAAACAUAAUUGUAUACAGACUCCAAAAGCAGAAAAUUAGACCAUACAAUGUGAUUAGAAAUUUGACCAAACAAGUUACUCAUCUCAAACUUCUUAUACAGUGGAAAAAAAAAAAAAAAAGUAAAAUAUAUGCGGCUGAACAUUCAUCGUACUGUAACAUCUCACAUGUGCCUACUACUAAAAGUGUGCCAAUGUCUUCCAUCACGCGGGAUUGUUUAAUGUUUACAUACCUUGAAAAUACGUGGAAAACACCAACUCUUAUGAUUUCAUUCUCAUGUUCCCACUUUUCAUCGGGCUAAACCACAGAGUAGGACCAUCCAUCACGUUGUAUUCAUUUAUGAUAUCACUGCACAGAUCUUAUUCGACAUGUUUGUGUUCGUCUAUUAAAGUCUUGUGUAUUCAAU